UCGCGUGGGAUUUUUGUACCAAUCCAACCUGCAACUUCUCUGCUAGCCAAGGCCGAAUGACGCUACUAGGCUAGAGCUACACGAAGAACGCGGGACGACCCCGUGCUGGUGUGUGGAUUUCACUAGAGCGUGACAACGAGGGGGAACCCCCAGCAGCGGAGCGUGAAGCCAAUGCUGCUGCCGUGGCCUCAGAGCCCAAGUAGACGUGCGCUGUCCAGCCGCCGUGUUGCUGAAACGCCAGCAUCGAUCCUUCCCUCGGUGACGUAGGGAGAGAGGGGCACGGUUUGGCUACAGGCAGAUAGAAUACAUUGGAUAUGAAUAUUGUAAUGAUAAAACCGCGCAAAGACUACACAGAAGCCAUAUAGAAAAUACAGAACACACAAGCAACCAAGCAUUAACAAAAAGCAAGUGAAAACUUGGAAGAACGGGUUGGACUUUCCCCCGCCCUCGGUGCCACUCGAGGGUUGUGAGCAGCACGUCGUAUCCUUGCGGAACCCAGAGAAGACUUCGGGGAGAGACAGGAGAGACUUCAGAUCUAUAAGGAUCCCCAUUAGCAGCUACUGUUCCUGGGGUCCAGCAACAUUAAGGUAAAUGUUGAAGACACCGUCGAAAUGUUACCAAAAUCGAAAAGAGCACUUACCAUUCAAGAGAUUGCGGCGUUAGCCAGAUCUUCAUUACAUGGCAUCUCCCAGGCGAUGAAGGACCAUGUGACGAGGCCCACAGGCAUGGCCCAGGGCAGGGUGGCCCACCUGAUAGAGUGGAAGGGCUGGUGUAAGCCCACUGACACCCCAACAGCUCUGGAGUCUGACUUCAACAACUACUCUGACCUCACUGAGGGAGAACAGGAGGCCCGCUUUGCUGCAGGUGUGGCGGAGCAGUUUGCCAUAGCGGAGGCAAAGCUGAGAGCCUGGUCAUCUGUGGAUGGAGAUGACUCUAAUGACGACUCAUAUGAUGAGGACUUCAUUCCGGCCAACGAGCCCACAACACAAAGCACGGAGGUGCCCCCCUACCUGAGGGACCUUCUUCACAGUCAGGUGUGUCAGCACCUGGGUCUGCGGGGGCCGUGCUGCGAGGGAGCAGGUAGAGGAGACAGGCCCUCGCCCACUUCCACAGACACCAUCUGCUCCAGCCUCUGCAGCCUGGACGAGCAACACCCCUUACUGCGAGAUCUCACCCAUCACUGCGGCAUCAACUACGGUAACGCCGCCGAGCUGGCUGCCAAGAUCCUCUCGGCCCUGCAAGGGGGAGAGGAGCUGCUGUUGGCCCGCCUCCAGAGGGUGGGGCAGGGGGUUAGAGGGGGAGGGGACUUCAACAGCCUGGGGGGUGGGAGGGGCCGGCCGGGGGGGGAGGAGUCGCCCUGCUACUCUGUGACCUACUCCGAGACCUACCUGUCACCCGGGGAGGACGACGAUACGCCCUGCAAAGACUACGAGGGCACCGUGUGCCAGGGAGAAGGAGAUGGUGAGGUGUACCCACCUGACUAUGCCACCCACAGGAAGGUCUCAGACGUAGCCUCCUCCGGGGUGGUGUCUCUGGACGAGGAUGAAGAGGAGGAAGAGGAGGAAAAGGAGGAGGAGGAGAGGGAGAGAGAGCAAGGAAACCAAUGUCAUUGAUUUUUGUUUCAUCCAUUGUUUCUCUGUUCAUCUCUUCGUCCCUCCCUUGGCCUCUGAUAUGUUAAGCCUGUCCAUCUCUCCGUCCCUCACAUGGCCUCUGACAUGUUUAAACCUGUCUGCAUGUUUUAUUUCAUGACUUGAACUCUUACUGCUGUGUAACCCCUCUGUCUUGGCCUUAUGGCAUCAUUUUGAUCCCCUACCUGCCUGCCCCCUGACGAUUUGAUAUGUAUCAAUAUAUUUUUGUCUUGAGGCGUCCAAACAAUCUUUUCUAUCAAUGUGAAGCAGGAGAGCUGGACUGGCUGUCACAGCCUUCAAUAAGAAGCCCAACAAUUGGUCUGUGGUUUCAGUAAGAAGCCCAUGGAUUGGCCAGUGGGGUUCAGUGCUCCACCCACACACAACAAGAAAGCGAGAGACUGCUAAAAACUAAAAAAGACAGAAAAAGACUGAAUCUUAAAACUAUGAAAUAUCUUUGCAUGUGUUUGCAAGUGCUGAACUGAACUUGUGUGCUGACCUGGUCUUGAGCAUGUCGGUUUGCAGUUUGGGCUGUUCUGUAUAACCCCAUCCUUCCCCCGCCCCCACCUAGAUACAAUGUAUCCCAUUGGUGGACAGGUUCCACUGCAUCCUGAAACCUGAAACCCCUCCUCUCUUUUGCAAGAGAUGUAAGCCGUGUUCCUCUGCCCAGGCGUAGCUGACGCGUGCCAGAUCAUCCUAAAUCUGGAUAGUUAUUUAAAUCUGGUGUCUGAUGGCACAGUCGAUGAUGUGGCACACAACAAUUGGAUGAUGCAUGCAACGUCUGAACAGGGGAGCACGACCCCUAGCAUCCUUCUGGGCAUGGCUUGCUAAGUAUGCCAAACUACUGUAUGUAACCUGUCACCAACAGUUAUGAGCAAAUGCUGGAAUGUCUUAAAAGUGACAGGAAAUAUGUAUUUGAUAUGCUUUUAUUGUACUAGUUUUCUAUCAUUCAACAUGUUGUUGUUAUUAUAAAUAUUCUGAAUAUCAUGAUGACUAACCGUCAUAAUGACAUACUAUAGCUACCGGAUUUUGUUUUUGGUUCUAUGGUUUCCUAUAUGGAAGGCCAAUGGUCUUAAAAAACAACGAAGACAAAAACACAAAUAGAAUGUUCCAGAAGUGACCAUUUGGUGAAAGAGAUGGUGUUUGGUGGAGAAAUUGUUGUACAAAGACAGAAAGCUAGUUUUCAGUGAGGUGUUGAGUUGCAUUGGAGAUUUUCUAUAUUUUUGUAUGCGUUGUCUUGCUUUAAUCUUUGCCUAUGCGGCGUGCCAGUGUAUGUGUUUUUUGCACGAAGCUAACGUGGCUGUAGAUUUCUCCUUUCUUUGUUAUCACUGUGUGAUAUAGUAUACCGGGAAAAAAAUACAAAUGUGAACAAAAAAAUGUUUUAUUUUAUUUGGAAAGGGGAUACUGUGAUACGGUUUGUUAUUGACAUGAUCCUCAAUGGAAAUAUUUUCUUGUCUUUGUAAUUAUAUCGGACUUCUUUCUUUCCUGUCAUAGCUGCUCCUAAAGCAAAAUUCCACGUUUAUUUCCAUUAUUUUUCAAACGAUGUCAGGAAAAGGGCAUUUUUUGUAAAUAAAUCUAAAUCAUUCCAUUGCCA